AGAUAUUAGUUUUGAUAAAGAGAGACAACUAUUUAGAAAAGAAGUUAGGUUAUCAAAUAGGAGUAAAACCAUGCCAGCUGUAACCAGAAGUCAGAAGAGACGACUUGAUGCAAAAGCGGAAGAAGACGAAGCACGGAAGGCGUUUGAGUCGAGCAUGAAAGCGGACAGCAAAAGGCCGAAGAAGAACAGCACGAGUUUGGGCGGAUUCGACGACUCGUUGCCCAAUCGUGAGAUCAAAAUGGAACUGUUGUCUGAUAGUGUAACAUGUUCAGUGUGUCUGCUGUUUUUGAAGAAGCCUGUUAAGUUGGACCCAUGCCAUCAUGUGUUUUGUAACAGUUGCAUUAGCAAGUGGCUUAUUAGGAAAAGGACAUGCCCAUCCUGCAGAACCGAGCCGACCAAGCUUAUUUUGGACCUGGCGCUUGAAACAAUUCUUUCAGCAUUCUACAAGUGUGCAUCGCCAUCUUUACGCGAAUCCCUGGAUUGCGAUCGAACAAGACUAACAUGCGAGAUGAUAUCGCAGGAAGAAAUGACACUUGUGGAGUUCGUUGAAAAGUACAAAAGAGUUUUCCAAACAGUUCAUAGGAGGUUCAACGAGUCUCGGAGUGCAUUCUCUAUUGCGCCCAGAUUUGAAGCCCGUGCAAUGAGGCCGUUGAGCGUUCUGUUUGGUUCGGACCAGGAACAGCGGCCAAAUGAAGCUAAUGAGAAUCGGACGAUUGAUGCAACCAAUGAAUUGUUGAGACAUUUGCAUCGGGCUUUCCAUGUACCUAGUUUUCGUCUGCCACGAAGGGAUGCCGAUUCAGAAAAUAGAAGUGAAACUAGGCGGCUUACUGCACGCAGACCUGAUGCACCCUCAAGUGCUCAAGAUGUCGAUAGAGUAAUGACCUUAGAAGGCUUUGUUCAAUUAGAACCACUAGAUAGCAGACGGAAUACAACCCGUAGGCGUGAACAACCAUCUGAGACUCCAACUCCUCCUUCGACAUCUCGAGCAACCAUAGUAGAAGUUGGGGCAUCCGUACCUCUUGUUUCGUCAUCGAGUGACGACUCCAAUGCGGCUAGUAAUGACAUCAUGGAAAUCGAAGGUGUGCUGGUAGCACCCUCGGAUAUCCCCGAUUUACCGACCACAGUUAUUUUAGGAGGAGUAACUGAAAAUGAAAGCAUCACAGAACUGAUAACACGAGUAAUGUUGAGUACGGCAGAUAGCUGGGAUCCAACUAUGCCAUAAAUUGACCAUGAAAAAUUGCCCUAAAAAACAUUUAAAAAAACUAAUGUAGCUCUCAAGUUAGUUAGGUGCUUGAUUCGACUUUGAUUAGAGAUUUGAAUACGGUUUUUUUGUGGUCAUAUCUUUCGUGGAAAUAGAUUAGUAAGUCAUUUAUACAUAUAUUUAGACACUCGUCUGGCUAUUUGGUUACAGAAUUUGUUCAGUUUCAAAAGCUUUUACUUGCGGUUUUCUUUCGCCGAAAUUGCGCCACCAGUUUUUUGUCCAAUCUGUGGUGAUAAUGAUUGUGCGGUAUGUUGCUGUUUAUUCUAAUUUUUCCGAUUUUUGCGUUCUUUUUUAAGCAUCAUUUUUUUUGAAAAAAGUAUAUAUUUUUUCCAACUCCUGAAAAACUUAUCCAUAUAUUUCGAAACAGUGAGUGCUUUGAAGGCAGUAAAAUUAUAUGCCAACUAAUUAAUUGCUAAUUUUGAACCAAGGUGCGGAGUUGUGAUGUUUUGUUUCUGUUUUUUCAUACGUGUACAAUAUCCUUUUCAUACGUUUUCGGCAUCCUUAGUCAUUUCAGAACUAGGCGGACUUGUAUAUGAUUCAUAUAAGUUUGUUUUGUACAUGGAAGAAACUGAACUUGGUGUUUAUAGAGUUUGUUCGGUCGCUUGCCUGAAUUGUUAUGCGAGCCCAAAUCUGUGUUUGCUAUUACACAAAUCAAAUCUCUUAUACCAAUUCUAACAUUAAACUCUAAUCAGUUGAACACAGUUUGGCAGAACUUCGUUUAUAUUUAUAGUUUCGAAAUAUGAAGUCUCUUUUGUCUGGUAUCAGUGAUUCUGUAGAGCCUUUAGUUGAAUAGAAAAUUUUAUCUCAUUCUUUAAAGACCUGUUUUAUUAACUAAAUUCGAGACUAGAAUCAUUAUUGCAGAAACAGAUUCAAGUUCGAUUGUAGUAUAUUGGAGUUCGAAGCAAAACCGACAAUGGUUUAUUCGUUUUCAGUUGAGUUCUGAUCAUGCUGAACUGGAUGAAGAAGCAACCAGCACAGGACGAGAGUUUGGUCAGCAUAACGCACAAUUUGGCGAAGCUGUACCGCACCAAAUUGUUCCCUCUGGAAGAGUACAGCAGAUUCCAGGAGUUCCACUCACCACUUCUUGAUGAUGCACACUUCUUAUCACGACCCAUGGUGCUUCUCAUUGGCCAAUACUCCACAGGUAAAACAACGUUUCUACGCUACCUUGUCGAGCGAGAUUUUCCUGGAAUGAGGAUUGGCCCUGAACCGACAACAGAUGGAUUUAUGGUUCUGGAACACAAUGAAAUAGAUGCCUUAAUCCCUGGAAACGCUUUGGUUGUAGACCCCUCAAAACCAUACGGAGGUCUAUCGAAAUUUGGAGUGAAUUUUUUGAACAGAUUUCAAGGUGCUGGUUUGGAUUCUGAAGUCUUGAAACACGUUACGUUAGUUGAUACGCCUGGAAUUUUGUCUGGAGCUAAGCAAAUGGCCAGAGGCUAUGACUUUAUUGGUGUGCUGGAAUGGUUUGCCGAAAGAGUAGACCGAAUUAUAAUCUUAUUUGAUGCUCAUAAACUUGACAUAUCAGAUGAGUUACGGAUGUCUAUUCAGGCUCUGAAAGGUAAUGAGGAGAAAAUCAGAAUUGUUUUGAACAAGGCUGAUCAAGUUAAUACGCAACAGUUGAUGAGAGUGUACGGUGCUUUAUUGUGGUCCCUUGCAAAAGUUUUUGACACCCCUGAAGUGGUACGCGUAUACACAGGUUCAUUUUGGAGCAACAGUUUAAAAAAUGAAGAAAACCGCAACUUGUUUGAGCUUGAAAAGGCAGAUUUGUUCCGAGAUCUGCAGAGCUUACCGAAAACAUAUGCAGUGAGACUGCUAAAUGACUUGAUAAAACGAGCAAAGUUAGCCCAGGUGCACGCUUAUAUCCUACAAGCUGUCCGAAGUGAGACCGGAAUGUUCACGGGGGCCAGUGCCAAGAAGAAAAUUGUCGACAGAUUGGCGGAAAUCUACAAUCAGAUCCACAAGCAGCAUAAUAUUUCGUUGGGUGAUUUCCCGGAAUUGGAAUACAUGAAACAAGCAUUGGCAUCUCAAGAUAUUGGAAAACUUCCUAAGUUCAAGAAAGAUUUGGUGGAUACGGUUCAGUUUUUGCUGACAAGGGAUAUUCCUCCGUUAAUGCAGAGAAUCAAUCAAGAGGAGUUGAAAAAUAACUCGAAACAAAUUGAGGGCGGAAUAUUUGCAGUGCAAGAGACAUCGCCUUUUGACGAGGAUUUCGGAGAAGGUGCGAACAAAGGUAAAGGUGAAGCGGGCUGGGUUGUUGACGAAGAGAAAGAGAAAUGGACGAAAGAGUUCGAAGAGCUACUUCCGAAUGAAAAUGGAAAAUUGGAAGGCAGGAAAGUAAAACCUCAUUUCGUGAGAACAAAGCUGCCAAAUUCGACCUUGGCUAAAAUCUGGCAAAUGUCAGAUAUUGAUAAAGACGGGUGUCUGGAUUACGAGGAGUUCGCUUUGAUGAUGCAUUUGAUUCAUAACGUGGCAUUAGAAGAGAAAGCGCUCCCGACACAGUUGCCGGAACAUCUGGUUCCUCCUUCGAAAAGAAAACCGAAGUUACAGAAAAAUGAGGAAAAUGGCGAUAUGCACCCUUCUCUGAAUUAACUAAGCGCUUACCAUGAGUAUUAAUUAAUAAAUCAAAAAGUAACUUUUAUUUGUACAGAUGAAAUCACAAUUAUUGUGCUUUAAUUAGAUUAGCAUCUGCCAGUUAAUGACGAUUUAUUAUGUUCACUGCUGAAAUGAAACGCAGCCUUACUCGAUGGCAAAAUUUUGUUUCUAUUUUUGACGAAUUAACUGCAUAAAAUGA